CACAAUGACGUCACGCCCAGUUGAGCGAUCGCUUUAACACACGCGCGACGACGACGGGAGCUCGGUGGUGCCGCGCCAAGCGCGCAGAGUUUUGCGUUUUGCCGUCGAGACGCUCUGGAUCGUACUGCGGCGACUGCCGUCGUUCGUUUCGCGUUCGACCGCUUCGCUCGGCGGGCGGCAACCCGCCUCGUCGAUACCGCCUCGUGCGGCAGGAGCAGCAGCAGCUGCGUUACAACGAGCGGCGGCGGCGACGACGACGACGAUGAGUGAUCGUGAGCCCAUGCACGUCGACGGCGACACCCUGGAAGGGGGAGGGCAGAUCUUGAGGGUGUCCUCAGCCUUGAGCUGCAUCCUUGGAAAACCCAUCCACGUGACCAAGAUCCGGGCUGGACGCCCCAAGCCAGGUCUGAGACCACAGCACCUGAUGGGACUCUCCACCCUGCGGGACCUCUGUGGAGGACGCUUGGUGGGUGCAGAAAUCAACUCGUGUGAGGUGACGCUGUAUCCUGGGCAAAUCCAGGGUGGCGCCCACCGUGCUGACACACAGACAGCGGGGAGUGUGUGUCUGAUGGUGCAGUCUACGCUGCCUUGUAUCCUCUUUGCUGCUCGCCCUUCGGCGCUCACCCUGCGAGGAGGCACCAAUGUCUCUCACGCGCCCCAGAUCGACUACACGACCACGGUCUUCAAGCCAUUUGCCGAGAAGUUUGGGAUUAAAUUCGACUGCGACGUCAGAAUACGGGGUUACGAGCCCAAAGGAGGCGGGGAGUUGGUUUUGAGCACAGCUCCAGUUCGGAGCCUAGAACCCAUCACAGUGACUGAGCGAGGCGACAUCACAAAGAUAUACGGGAGGGCCUACGUCGCCGGUGUUCUUCCCAUCAAGAUGGCAAAGGACGCCGCAGCAACUGCUUUGCGGAAGCUCAAGCAGGAGUUCCGUGACAUCAGCGUUAACAUUAGCGCUGUGCAGGAGCCCAGGGAGGGUGCUUUCAGCAAUGGAAAUGGCAUCAUCGUUUUUGCAGAGACGAGCACUGGUUGCAUCUUCGCAGGUGAUGCACUUGGAAGGCGAGGCGUGACUCCUGAACAACUCGGCACAAAUGCUGCCGAAAUGCUCCUCGGCAAUAUCCGGCAUGGAGGCUGUGUGGACGAACAUCUGCAGGACCAGAUAAUAAUUUUCAUGGCGCUUGCAAAAGGAACAUCCCGAGUGCUGACUGGACCCAUCACCUUGCACACACAGACAGCCAUCCACUUUUCAGAGGCGAUGACCCCGGCCAGGUUUACAGUGAGCAAGACCGAGAGUCAGCUGCCCAAUGCUGAUGCUUACAUCAUCGAGUGCCAAGGGAUGGGAGCGAGCAAUCCAAAUAUCUGAAUGUGUGCCCUUGAUUUCAUCACUGAGGCACUGUUGAAUGGUUACUGCAAAACAUGCGUGCAAGGUGGUAUCAGCAUUAUGUGCCCAUUGUCUUUCAUUUGUUGACAAAUUUCUUUAGUCAUAUGGAAUGUGCUUCGAAUGGUGUCUUCAUUGUUUGUAUUCCCAGUUGUCCACGGUCUUGAAAACAUAUAUCAAACCCUCAUCUGAGAGACACAUUAAGGCAAAUUGAUCCCAAUGUUUAUUGGAGGCUCCCUUUGCAUUUUAUUUAUACUGCCAUCGUCGCUGAAAUGGAAGGAAACCAUUUAACUGUAACGGUACACAAAAUAUCCUAUGUGUAUAGGCAUAACGUUUGAAGUUUACGUUGCGGAAUAAAUUAUGUAUGUAUGUUGAACUUCUUUCGCACCAUACAUAGCCAACCGUGCUAAUUGGUGUUCGAUAGUCUUGUUUACGUGCGACAAAAUAAGGUGUGCACUAUUUUAUGAUCAUGUUCAUCAUAAACCAUGUACUCUCCACUACUGUAUGAAGGCCUAUCCAUUUCCUCGCCAUCCCCCCCCUUCCCACAGUCCUACAAUACCGCAAUUCAUCUACACAUACAGUAAACGGAUCUUAUCGCCCCAGCUUCGUGGUGGUGAUCCUCUAAGGCUUGUUUUCUCAUCUUACUGCCGUUCAACUACCAGUGUCAUCCAUCGGACAUCAUCCCUUCUAGCGUUGCGCCCUACCCAAGCCUUUUUACCUUAAGUCAAAAUGAUGUCGCUAAUUUUCUUUUGUUCUGCGAUUCAUGUGUUCCUUAUUUUCUGGCCCUCAAUGAAUAUCCCAUCUCCACAAGGUGUUUGUGUGCACAUUUCAGCAUCAGUGUGCAUGCCGAUUUAACGUUGAAAGUAAAUGAUUAUGAAUGCCAUACAUGCUUAAAAAUGCACUUGAACUACAUACACUUAAGCAUGCAAUGUUCUUAGUCUGCGUAUUGGAAAGACAUGUAUGUAAAUAAAGUGCCAAAUACCUGACCUUUCUCCUGCAGCACAUGGAAAUAAAUGUCUGACAUACUUAAA